AUGCUGCGGGCCCGCCCUCCGGUGCCGAAUAAACUCCGCUGCGUCGGGGGGAAGCCAAAACCCACGGGCGUGGGCGGCACUACGGCACGCGUGACACCCCUGCAGCGCCGAUCGGCCGUUCACAUCACCAGCCAGUCGGGGGUCCACCUGCGGCGCGGCGCAGGGCGCCGUUCUUCCCCUCCGCCUGCAACCGGAGCGGGUGUGGCGGAGGCUGCCGGGCCGCGCGGCUUCGAGGCGCCGCCAAACCGGGAAGCGGCGUCUUUGCCUACAAAAUUAUGCCGGGCAUCGGGCAGCACCCACGCGCCUGCAGGGAAAAAGUGGGGAGGAGGGCGUGCCGCCAACGCAGCCGGCAGCGGGAGGAAACAUGACACGGAGACACUCGGCGACAGUCAACGCGGCACAAACGACAACCAACCGCGGCGACGGCUCAUCUCCGAAAGCAAAAGCAAAACAAAACAAGUGGAAGCCCAACAAGAAACUUGA